AUGCCUCUCACAAAUCGCCGUCGUGCGCGGCGCAAGGAAAUUCAGCUGCAGGAAACAUCCGAUGUUGAGGCUCCGGACUCAUCGCCCAGUCGUCCGUCUGCGAAGAAACGCAAGAUUGACCGGCGCGCCUCACCUUCUCGACCUGCCAUUAAGAAUGAGUCAGCCGACGAGGCUGAAGAGGAUUCCGGCCCAGAACAAGACCCUCCCACGCAGCAGGACCUCGUCGACUUGGUCAUUUCCUAUCUCAACGUUCCACGCGAAGAAUUACGAGUCUCGCGCGAUCAUUCCAACACCAAGACCGAGAACAAACAGAGCAUUCAAGCGUACGCGAAGAUUGCUGGCCGAAACUGGACCUACUACGUCAAGACGUUGCAUGUCAAUAUUGGCCGUGAACCAGACCGUGAACAGCGGUCAACCGAACAAUCCAGCCCCGUGACUAUCGCCGCUCGUGCGCUGCCCGAGGUGCACGUGGAUGUAGGUCCCAGCAAAUUCGUGUCCCGACUACACGCGGAGAUCUUCUACGAUGGCGAAGAGACUCCCGCCUGGCAUAUCCGAGUCAACGGCCGCAACGGUGUCCGCUUGAACAACAUGACCCUCAAGCGCGGAGCCGAUGCGAUUCUGCAUUGCGGUGAUAUCAUAGAGGUGGCCAACUGCCAGAUGAUGUUUGUUACGCCCGGUGACGAAGCCAAUAUCCACCCCAGCUUUGUUGAGCGUGCGCAGCGCAUCGCGAGUGGCCAAGAACCAGAUCCAGCAACUCAAGGGUGGGAGACCUCCCAACCUGCGCACCUCUCGGCAUCCCAGGCCACAGAGCCUGCGCGACCGUCAUCAUCCGGAGGGCCUUCGCUAGCUCCAGCACCCCAAUUCUUGAAGCGUCAGGUCACUCCGCCUCCACGCUCGCCGGACACUGCCGGACAACGGACAGCCAAGCAAUCGCCGCUGUACAAUCGCGGCAUGAUGAUGGAGAGCACUGAGGAAAUUGACUACAGCAAGGACUCCGCCAAGGACCUGAAACCACCAUACAGUUAUGCCAACCUGAUUGCGCAGGCCAUCUUCUCAAGCGAGGAGGAAAAGCUCACCCUGAAUAGCAUUUACAAUUGGAUUAUGGAUCGCUAUGCGUUCUAUCGACAUUCGCAGAGCGGCUGGCAAAACUCUAUUCGUCACAAUCUCUCCUUGAACAAGGCCUUUCAAAAGGUGCCUCGUCGGACCGAUGAGCCCGGCAAAGGCAUGAAGUGGCAGAUUGCAGCCGAGCAUCGCGAGGAAUAUCGGAAGAAGCAGAUGCGCAAAGGAACCCAGUCGUCUGCGCCAUCGUCUCCCGCCACGCGAGAGCCCCCAUCAUCCGCUCGCGGAAACCACGUUGCCCAGCUAGAUACUUCUUUUUCCGCUACUAGCAAGAAAUCACCUCCGAUUUCAUCGCCCGGCUUCAGUUCCUUCCCCGUCGCGCCUGUCGAAGCUUACACCCCGGAGCGAGGAUCUCGUGGUGGUCGGGGAUCCGAUCAUCCUUUGCGCCAUAUGAACCCUCGGGAUUACGAGGAGCCAUCCCCGCUGCCUGCACGAACGCACAGUAGCGCUCAAGCUGCGAGCUCGCGUCGCGUGCAGACCAGCAGUAAUAACCUCAGUCGCGCCUACGGGCUCUCUGACAACGUUGCCGGAUCGCCACCCGUCUUAUCAUCCUCAUACUACGAUGAAGGUCCUUCGUCAAUGAUCACUCCUGCACCUCAGCGUCAACAGCCUCGGCUACCUCCACCGAGCACGGCUCAGAUCCCGUCCAAGUUUAUGCCAAUGAGCUCCCCCGCGCAAUUCUGGAAGUUUGCCGAUAUUGGCAGCACGCCUGCGCGCCCUGUGCCGGAUAUGAGUCCUCUCAAGGGAGAACCAGAGGAACGUCUCAUUGCCGGGUUUCCUAGCAGCAGUCCUCCUCCGAACAUGAUCAGUCCCAGCAAGCCUGCGGUUGUGAAUGGACUGGGGCCCAGCCGGAAACUGCCGCCUCUGCAGGCUGAUGGAACUAUCAAAGAAGAACGUCUACAAGAGGAGGAGGAAGAUGACAGUGGUGGUUUCGAUCUGGCUCGGGGAUUCCAACCCAUUGGGUCAUACCAUCGACAACUCAGCAAUGCUGCUCGUGCCACCGCUACUUGA